AUGUCAACUAUUACCAUCAUCACAACACACAUCUUCAUCCGGGUUAGUAUUAAUCAAAGGUCAACUAUUAUAGUUCUCACAACACACACAACAUCCGGACUAAACCUGGCUUACGAGGUGUUCAGAAGUGCAUGCACACCACAUCCGGAACAACAUCGUGUGUGUAAUCAAGAUGGCCGCUUAGUAUGCGAGAAGGACCGCUACGGACCGAACUGUGACAGGGUUUGUGAACCAACCGACCAUGGAACCUGUGAUAAGCUGGGACAGUUGGUCUGUAACGACAACUACUACGGAGUCAAAUGUGACAUACACUGCCUGCCUACUGAACAUAAAAUGUGUGAUAAUGGUGACAACCUGCGAUGUCGUCCGAACUAUUACGGGCCGCAGUGUGAUGUUCACUGUAUAUCAACGUCCAACGGAAGAUGUGAUCAGCACGGAAACCUACGAUGUUUACCGAAAUACUACGGAACAAACUGUAACGUAUACUGCGAAGCUACGGGGAAUACAAACUGUACCAAGACCGGAAGAAAAGUAUGUAAAGAUUUCUUUUAUGGAACAAAUUGUGAAUACCGUUGUGGAUCCACCAUCUCAUCACAUUUCACCCGGAAUACCGAAGGAUCGCUAGUUUGUACAAGUGACUUUUAUGGCCCAUGUUGUAACCUGACGUGUCCACAGCAUGGUCACUGUAACGGUACUUACCUCGUCUGUAAUACAGGAUAUUUCGGAUCCACGUGCGAAAAGCAUUGCCUGUCAACUGACCACGGUACAUGCGACUCUAACGGACAUUUAGUAUGUGAUGUCAAUUUUUAUGGAUUAUCGUGUGGCGUAGCAUGUGUUCCGUCUGAACAUAAGGUAUGUGACAAUAAUGGAACGCUAACAUGUGAUAGAGAUUACUACGGAGAUUCGUGUGAUGUUUUCUGUUCUGUUCCCAAUGGUCAUGGUGUUUGUAAUAGUUCUGGACAACCUCUGUGUAACCAAGCAUUCUACGGCUCGAGCUGUAACCAGUCAUGUCCUGUGAAAGCAAACGGACAUUGCAUGACCAACGGAAUCGUGGUUUGUGACAAAAAUUAUUUCGGACCCUUAUGCGAAACUUUCUGUGAGGUUCCAGAUAAUCACCAUGGAAAGUGCGGCAACACAGGAAUAGCGCAUUGUUUUGGUCCAUACUACGGUAAAAAUUGUACACAUACAUGUCCUGUAACAAAGAAUGGACAUUGUCUUUCCAACGGCACGGUGGUGUGUUCUUCGUCUUAUUAUGGCCAAACAUGUGAAAUACACUGUACCAACGUUCCGCAUGGAACAUGUGAUAGCCUCGGUACUCUACGCUGUAACAACAACUACUACGGGACCAAGUGUAAUCGCAAGUGCGUACCGGCAGAUCAUGGAAAGUGCUCUCCUGACGGAAUACUUAUUUGUAAUCCAACAUACUACGGUGACACAUGUGAUAUUCUUUGCAUUAAUGUGACACAUGGAAGCUGUGACGUCACGGGAAAAUUACAGUGUGACCUCCAAUACUUUGGACCAGGGUGUGAUGUCCAUUGCGUGAAUACCACACAUGGAAGCUGUGACGUCAGCGGGAAUCUAAAGUGUGACCUCCAAUACUAUGGUCCCUCAUGUGAUGUCUACUGUGUCAAUGUGACACAUGGGAGCUGUGACGUCAGCGGGAAUCUACAGUGUGACCUCCAAUACUAUGGUCCCUCAUGUGAUGUCUACUGUGUCAAUAUGACACAUGGAAGCUGUGACGUCACGGGAAAAUUACAGUGUGACCUCCAAUACUUUGGACCAAGGUGUGAUGUCCAUUGCGUGAAUACCACACAUGGACGCUGUAACGUCAGCGGGAAUUUGCAGUGUGAACUCCAAUACUAUGGACCAGGAUGUGAUGUCUACUGUGUCAAUAUGACACAUGGAAGCUGUGACGUCACGGGAAAAUUACAGUGUGACCUCCAAUACUUUGGACCAAGGUGUGAUGUCCAUUGCGUGAAUACCACACAUGGAAGCUGUGACGUCAGCGGGAAUCUACAGUGUGACCUCCAAUACUUUGGACCAAGGUGUGAUGUCCAUUGCGUGAAUACCACACAUGGAAGCUGUGACGUCACUGGGAAUCGACAGUGUGACCUCCAAUACUAUGGUUCCUCAUGUGAUGUCUACUGUGUCAAUGUGACACAUGGGAGCUGUGACGUCAGCGGGAAACUGCAGUGUGACCUCCAAUACUAUGGUCCCUCAUGUGAUGUCUACUGUGUCAAUAUGACACAUGGAAGCUGUGACGUCACGGGAAAAUUACAGUGUGACCUCCAAUACUUUGGACCAAGGUGUGAUGUCCAUUGCGUGAAUACCACACAUGGAAGCUGUGACGUCAGCGGGAAUCUACAGUGUGACCUCCAAUACUUUGGACCAAGGUGUGAUGUCCAUUGCGUGAAUACCACACAUGGACGCUGUGACGUCAGCGGGAAUCUGCAGUGUGAACUCCAAUACUAUGGACCCAUGUGUGACGUCAGGUGCAUAGAGGUGGUACAUGGUCAUUGUUCGUUAAAUGGCUCCUUAUUUUGUGAUGAGGAAUUUUUCGGUUCGAAUUGCUCGCAGAAAUGUCAUAUUGAAAAUGUUGAAGGCAGGAGGAAUGGUCAUUGUGUCACCAAUGUCGGCCCCUUAUGUGAUCCAGGGUUUGAAGGACAACACUGCGAAGUAAAUAUCAACGAAUGUCUGAAUGUCACCUGCUACAAUGGCGGAAGUUGUGUUGACAACAUUAACUCCUACGCAUGCGUGUGUACCACAGGAUUUUCCGGAACCAACUGUGAGAUUGAAACAGGCCACUGUAGAAGUAGCCCAUGCUACAAUAACGGUACAUGUGUUAAUAGAAUUGGAUCAUUCGCUUGUCUGUGUGAAUCCGCUUACACAGGUAAUUUAUGUCACAUAAAACUGUCUACUACUUUAGAGACGACGAGGUCAUCUAAUGGUACCACUACAUCGAAGAUCUCUACUUCUCCGCCUACAACAACGAUCUCUUCUACUCCAGGUAAAACAAAAACUUUUACUACUCCAUCCACUGCAAAUACGACUCCAGGUACGUUAACGACCUCUUCUGCUCCAGGUACACCAAAUGCCUCCAUUACUCCUACUACAACUAAAAUAUCUACUACCCUAACUACUACACAGACCUCUACUACUCCAACUACUAUAGAGACCUCUACUACUCCAACUACUACAGAGACCUCUACUACUCCAACUACUACACAGACUUCUACUACUCCAACUAGUACAGAGACCUCUGCUACUCCAACUACUACACAGACUUCUACUACUCCAACUACUACAGAGACCUCUACUACUCCAACUAGUACAGAGACCUCUACUACUCCAACUACUACACAGACUUCUACUACUCCAACUACUACACAGACUUCUACUACUCCAACUACUACAAAGACCUGUACUACUCCAACUACUACAGAGACCUCUACUACUCCAACUUCUACACAGACCUCUACUACUCCAACUACUUCACAGACCUCUACUACUCCAACUAGUACAGAGACCUCUACUACUCCAACUACUACAGAGACCUCUACUACUCCAACUUCUACACAGACCUCUACUACUCCAACUACUACAGAUACCUCUACUACUCCAACUACUACAAAGACCUCUACUACUCCAACUACUUCACAGACCUCUACUACUCCAACUACUACAGAGACCUCUACUACUCCAACUACUACAGAGACCUCUACUACUCCAACUUCUACACAGACCUCUACUACUCCAACUACUACAGAGACCUCUACUACUCAAACUACUACAGAGACCUCUACUACUCCAACUACUACACGGACUUCUACAACUCCAACUACUACAGAUACUUCUACUACUCCAAUCACUAUAGAGACUUCUACUACUCCAACUACUACACAGACCUCUACUACACCAACUACUACACAGACCUCUACUACUCCAACUACUCCACAGACCUCUACUACUCCAACUAGUACAGAGACCUCUACUACUCCAACUACUACAGAGACCUCUACUACUCCAACUACUACACAGACUUCUACUACUCCAACUUCUACACAGACCUCUAUUACUCCAACUUCAACAAAGACCUCUACUACUCCAACUUCUACACAGACUUCUACUACUCUCAAACUACUACAAAAACCUCUACUACUCAAACUACUAAAAUAUCAACGGGUGAGCCAACACUCAACCUUGAAACUCUCUGUCUCCUGUGAUGGCAAAUCUCUCAGCACAAGCGAAAUCUAUGCGGAGGUUUACAGAGCGCCGGAUGCCAUAUUUCCACUCCCGUUGAUAAACACCAACCCACAAACUACCGACCCACCUGCAAGACAAUCAGGAGACUGGUUGGAAAAGAACUGGAAAAUCCUCCUUGGGGCAUCUCUGGGCGUGACUGUCAUUCUGUUUAUCAUAGUAGGAGUACAGCUCGGGAAAAGGUCUAGAAGACGGUAUAGGAAUGGAGCCCAGGAAAUAGAAGAAGUAUUUGAUAAUGUGCACAGUAACCCUUUGUAUGCGAACUCGUCAGAGCAGGUUAUAAAACUACGAGAAUUUGAAUACGAGGCUUGA